AUGCAGCGCACGGACUCACAGAAGGGUGGCGGAGGCCGUAGCAGGGCCGGCUCGAAGUCCAAUCGAGACCCCGACAAGGAAUUUCCGGAAGCCAUGAGUCCAAAGGUGCAGGCACAUAGACCGGAUCUGAAGCAAGGAACUGCUUUCUACUUGGUCGUAUGCGGCGCAACGAGUGAAACCGACAGCUGGAUGUGGUCUGAUUUUAUGGCCUACACUGUACUGUUACGCGGAUGCGGCAUCAAUGGCACUUUCCUCAACUGCCUGGACCUCGACAAGAUCUUUGGAUUUCUCUCACACGACAACCAUAAGGAUAUUCGCUUCGGGCAGGUUCAGGGUACAGAUGAGCCUCUACUCAAGUACACUAGACUUCGAUAUACCACUGAACCGAGAUGGUGGGAGCAGGUCGAUCCGGACGACCUCAUGAUGAGAGUGUGGGGAUGGGUUGUGGAUGUGAUGAAAAGAGCAGUGCCUGGAGAUGCAGUCAACAUCAUCGUCGAGGCCCAUGGAAACGAGCUGUAUGGAGCCAAGUUAGGAACCAAGUACCUGAGCAAACAUCAGGCGGGAACACUAUGCAACAAAUUUCAGAAAGGGGUUCAGGUCAACUUCAUUGUUGGCGCCUGCCAUUCUGGCAUCUUCACCGAUAUCGUUCGCUCCCAAGGACAGGAGCCAAGAUACAUCUCAAGUUCGACAUCAGCCAAGGGGCUCGCCAUGUCCUUUCCCAGGUCUGUCAGUAACCGAGUUCGGAACAUGAAGUUCGCACAAGCAUGGGUGCAGUCAUUGGCUCGAGUCACCUUACCGGGACUCCCGGACCUUCCACGGCAACCCUCACGAAGCCUUGCGGAGCAUGAGAAUUUCUUGCGCCAAAUGACAUACAGGUCUGUCUCCGGGUCGAUGGAUGAUUAUCAGUCGUACAUAGCGCCGAACGACUUGACACAACUUGUUGAGGAGAUGGUCUUCAGGGAGAAAAUCGAUUUUCUCUACGAUCCUGCUGUGACCUCGAGUCGGAGACGUAUCGAGGUUCCCGCUCUCGACGAAACGAUCAUGAGAUAUUUUUUAACACCCACUGAAACUUCAAAAACUCCACAUCCGCAAAACUCAAAUCCUCAAGGACUCGUAGCCGAACUGAAAGCUAUCGUGGUAGCGGAGAAGGCUUUCUGCAACCCUGACACUCACCUCGCUGCCGAAGACAUUGGCGUACUAGAAGUCCUUGAUGUCUUCCACACCCUUGUGAGUAGGGGUCUACUCCUGUCAACCGCUAUUCAGCAGCCGGUGGAUCUUGUAAGAGCCUCGAAUGAAGCGAGGGACGCAGGAAUGCUUCUUGGUUGCCUUGAAGGAUUCCAAGACGCUGACGGAACUCCUUGCCCUUACCACUUGUCUCUUAGCGACAUCUUAAUAUGGUUUGCAAUCAUCAUACUGCGUGGCUACAACUCCGCCCCGGGCAUUGUCAUGGAGACUAUUCUCGAUACUAAAUUUCUUGGAGGCCUUAACCGAGACAGAAUCAGCGAAUAUCGGGAAAUCAGCGACAACUUGGUGGCAUGGCGCCACGACCCUAACCAUUGUGUCGCUCCACCGGGUCGCACCGCUGGCUUUGGCUUUUGGCUGCCACAUAACGCGGACUUGAACAGCCCUGAAAUGGUUACGGAUGCUCUGUUGGCUGGACAAAAGCGCUUCAACAGAAUAGAGCGCUGCUUCCGUGACUGGUUUGGGGUACCGGAAAAUAUCCUACAGCUGGAACAAGAGCAAGAGAGGUACUUCGAACGACACCCUGAACGCGCUCCUGGAUCGGAGUUACGAGACAUAAGAUGGUGGCCCGCUCCCGAGGCCGACGAGGCGGCCGACGAGGCGUUUGCGGGAUGUGGUUGGAGGCCAUUUUCACAUUCCAAGGAGUAA